GUGUGGAUUUCCACAGGACAGAGCGGAGACACCGCGCAGGAGAAGCCGGGCGACAGGCUAGCAGAGGCGCGGACCGACACCGACUCUUCCCGACCGACCUCACCGAGGAAUGUGUCGGAUCUGCCGGGGUGUGCGCCUGGGCAGACACCGCAGAGGUCCUUCUGAAGGCUGAACCUUUCUUCUCAGCACUUGAAAAGUUGACCCAAUCUGACUUUCAUAGACGAGGUGUUUUUCCCAGGAAGCCAGAGAAAAGAUGGAAUAAGGAGGUUUAUGGAGAUCUGAAUUCUGUACAUACAAAUAGGAAAUCUGUGUGAAACCCACAAGAGGAACCAUGGUAACCUUAGAAACCUCAGGGGACCCUGUUCCUCUCACGGCCCUCUCCCGCUGGUACCUCUAUGCCAUCCACGGCUACUUCUGUGAAGUGAUGUUCACCGCCGCCUGGGAGUUUGUGGUCAACUGCAACUGGAAGUUCCCCGGUGUGACCAGUGUGUGGGCCCUCUUCAUCUACGGCACCUGCAUCCUCAUUGUGGAGCAGAUGUACUUGACGUUGCGCGGCCGCUGCCCCGUGCUGCUGCGCUGCAUCAUCUACACCCUCUGGACCUACCUGUGGGAGUUUGGGACGGGGCUGCUGCUGCGGCAGUUCAACGCCUGUCCCUGGGACUACGCCGAGUUCCGCUACAACUUCAUGGGCUUGAUCACAGCCGAGUACGCCGUGCCGUGGUUCUGCGCCUCCUUCAUCGUGGAGCGCUUUGUUAUCCGCAAAACGCUGCGGCUACGCUUUCAUGAAGGGCCCGAGGACGGCUGGUCAAACCAUCGGCAUGAUGCUGGAGGAGGAGAUGGAGGAGGAGGCGCUGGAGAAACUUUGGAAGGCAGCAGGGAGCGAGAACAAAGGAGGGGGAGUGGCUUUAAUUCAAACGGCUACCUUAAAGUUGAUUGAGUCAAUUUGCAGGGGACUCUGUCAUACUUCCUUGACCCGCCACUGGCACUUUUCCAUAUGCAAUCCUCACCCUUUAGCGCAUGGGAUUGAGAGACAGCCAUCAAGAAUCGGUUAGUUAGUGCUGAGGAAGCCAGAAAACAAAUGUCUAACUGAGGCUUCAAAUUCCAAAUACUUACUGUCGUUAGCUAAACAGGGACUCAUAAUGCUACUGUUAUUACUGCAUUUCACAUUACAUUUACAUGGGGCUGACUCUAAUACUAGGAUCUUCAAUGAUCUGGAUUAAACUUUAAAACUCCUUCUUGGAGCUCAGAAUAUAGGAUAAAAAAAGCACUUUUGCAGAGAUUAGUGUUAUUGUUCUGUUAAAAGACUUCUUGGAAAAAAAGAACAAAUACAGUAUUUGUGUUAUUUAAGUAUGCACCAAUCUAUGUAAGAACAGUUCUCUUGCCUCAUAGGAAUGUUAAAUGAAAGCAGCACAGCCACGAAAUAUCAUCUAGAGACCCAAAUGCCGGCCUUUCUUUACAUUCAAAGGAAUGUGUAACAUUUAGGAUGAUCUUUCGAGUUAAAAUGCAAAGCGGUUUUCCUCAAUGUAGAAAAAACUAUAAAGAUAUGAGGAAUUUUGUCGCAGUUCCGUUGUAAUAAGUAAUUUAUAUUAGGGUCGCAUGUGCAAUUUUUUUUUUUUUUUUUUUUAGUAAUUGAACCAGCCUCUGAUUAAACAGCAAUAGAAGUGCUGCUGUGGGUGUUCCCAAACCUUUUUUCUUGAAGCAUACAAAAGAGCCGGCCUCUACUUCCCUCCGUCAAAACGGUGCACACACACACACACACACAUGCAUAUCCCACUCCAACAGCCAAGUCAUUGAUUAUACAUGAAAAACUCUUUACAAAACAUGCAUCUUUAAAGAAAACCUACCAGUCACCUGGGUCUUAAAUAUGGAGGUAAGUUGUCAGGUGAAGGCUGUUGUUUAUUCUUAUAAGGUGCUAAAGUUCAUAAUAGGUACAAAUAAAACUAGAUAUUAACCUGCACUGUAUAAGAAGACAAAUACCGCUUUCCUCUCACUGUGAGAUAUUAAAUCAGACUAAUCAGACCAGAAUAAUAAUUGAUCAGUUAUUUGAAAAAGAAAUAUCCACAUGUUCACAGAUGUUCCUCAAUUUGAGUUCGAAUAUCCCAAAGCCAUGAGAUCAUUCUCGUUAUCUGGACUCACUAAAUGUAAUCUUGGAACUCUAAAUUUAAAGAAAGUUAUAGAAGUAAAUAAAAAAUCUCUCUUUCAUUAUUCUGGUGCUGAUAAAAAUAAUCUUAUUGGCACCAACUGAAAACAGGAAAAGGCAAAUCUGACGUAAUAUCAGAGAAUAAGAAAAAAAAACUGUCUUGCUUAUACAGUUGACGUAAAUAUCUGGUUUCAAGUUUAGUGUAGAAUGACCUAAAACUCUGUGUUUGUGUUACACCUGUCUUCAGAGCUGUUUGCAAUUUCGCCAAUUCGUACCCUUCUUUCUCACACAAGCAGCAUCAUUUGACCCAGAGCCACUUAGUACAGGACCGUUUGUUUGUAGUGUCUUGGUACAUUUUUCUGACCAUUUGUCUACAGUAAUACACAAAAACACUUGACUACUAAAAAGGUAACAUGAUUUAGUCUUGGUAUUAUUUAUAUGGAUGUAUGAAAUGGUAUGGUUAUGGGUAUGAAAUGACUGUAGAAAAUUACUAAUGUAGGUAACGUGUGUGCGCGUGCGUAUGUGUGUGUGUAUGUGUGUGUGAACCGAGGGUGCGAGUUGGCAAAGGAGCAAUUAAAUUAACACUGUUAAUAAUGUUUGCUUUUCUUUUGUUGGAUAUAUCUCCAAACUUGUCGUCUUUCUGCCACCGUCACUCUUAAUGUGAACGUUGCCGUGGUGCGAUAGCAAAAACUGUCCCCCGUGAAACACUGUGGCCGCCGCAUCACACCCAUUCGUAUGAAUUAAAAGUCGCACCAGGCCAAAUUUUAUUUCUUUGAUAGAGGCUUUUGAAGGUUACACCCAGAAACACUUUGGCUGAUGUUCAUUUGGCAGCAUUUUCAUCACAUUCUGCAGCAAUGGACCUUUAAGAAUGUAUCCUCCCCCAGAAGCAGGGUUUCGCCAUUAUUUAUUUAUUUUCACUUUGGUCUCAAGGAUCACACUGAAAAAAAAAACAAAGCAAAAAAAUGCAUGGAAAGAUCUUCUUUCAGCCUGUUUAUUCAAUCAUCAACCAUAAUGUAUGUCUGAUGAAUCACUCUGCUGCAUGUGCGAACAGAAUGACAGAAGAUGCUGGUUGUCAGCGAGGGUCUGCGGUUGUCUUCUCCUAGCAUGUCAAAGUGUCCUUGAGCCACAUGUUGAACCACUAAACUGUAAGUAAGCAGGUCAUGGCUUUGCAUGGCUGCUUUCCUACUGUGUUUUUUGUGUGUGUGUGUGUAAUUGGACAUAUAUGUGUAUUACCUAGUUGCUAAAGUCUGACGACUGUGAGUCAUGGCCAUCGACAUAAAAGCCUUUUGCAAUUUUUUUUUAAAGAGUUACGUUGUGUGUCUCUGUCUGCAAUUACCAGUUUGUGUGGUUUGAUGCCAUCUUCAGUAUGGCAAAGACUUAAAAGUCUUAUGUAAUACUAAUUACUGUAAAAAAAAAAAAAAACAAUUCACAGAGCCUUGCAAAAGCGUUGGCCUUUUUGCGAUUACAAAAUUCAGUGUAUUUUGAUGGGGGCUCAUGCGGUAAACUAACACAAAGUAGUCAUAACUGUGCAGUGGAAUUAACACAUUGCGUUCAACCUGUUUUACAAUUAAAAUAGUUACAUAAAUGUGUGCUAGGAGGAAUAUGUAUUCAACACUGACACCAGAAAAAGUGCAACUUGUUGCCUUCAGAAGUUACGUGUGUGUAAUCGAAUCUCAAUAUAAAUACAGCGGUUUCUGUGAAGGCCUUAGAUGUUUGUUUCUACAAACCACAUGCCACUUCACAAUGACGGUAAAGACAGAUUACAAGUAACAAUUUUCAUAUUUUGACUUGCAAACUCAUGCCAUGUGCUCCUUUGUGUUUGUCCGUCACAUAAAAUCCAGGUAAAACAUGUUUGGUGUGUAGUCGACAUAAAAAAAAAGGGGAAAAAAAGUGCUUUUGGAAGGCUCUGUGGAUACCGUAAGCAUAUUUCUAGAGAAUUUAAAAACAAAAACAGCCCUGAGAAACAUUCAGGAGUAACAUCAGUAGUUAUAAAAGACAUAUCAAUAAGAUUAAGUAGAGAGGGCUUUGUGUUUUUAUUGGCUUGAAUUAUAUAAAUCCUGUAUGGGAUCUCAAGCUGACAGCCUCCGUCAAAUGACUCUUUACUAAACAUGUUCCUGGGAACGAAAGGAACAUAACUAUACCGAAUAUAGACUCAAAAUGUCAUAGCAGACUCUAGAUAAACUCAAUAAAUAAUAAUAAUAAUAAACAAUACCCUUUUUAAUAUUUCCACAGUUCUGCUUGACUAAGUGGACACUAUGACCUUCUCCUGUGUUGUUGAUGCGUUAAAUGUGGAGCUUUCCCUGCGCGCGGCUCUCGUGAGAGAGCUGCUCUGCAUCUCAGAUGAAGUGCUGCCACCCAGUGGUGAGCGGCCUGCUAAACAUCCAGGAAACGGGAAUGUUAGUUUUGCACUCUUCAGCGUCGUAUGCAUUUUUCAUUAGGCUUAAGAGCAAUACUGUAGAUGCGAUUAUUACCCUUUUCUAAGGAAACGUCUCUGCAUAAUUCAUAUGCAGUAAAUAUCUUAACUUGCUAACCGAAAUGUAUUCUCUGCAAUAUGUGUGUGAAGGAACUUUGAGUCACGCAGAGAUGCUUGUCUCUGAGUAAGUGCAUGAAUAAUAUGUUAACAGUAAGCUGGGUGUCUGGUGUUGUUUUUAUUUAUUUCUCUCUCUCUCUCUCUGUCUUUGAAUGUGCAUGUCUAAAAGCAGCUCCACCAAACUCCAGUUUCAAGCUGCUGCUGAAUGAUCUAAGCAUUAUUUUUAUAAAAAAAAAGAAAAAGAAAAAAGGAGCAGGAUUCUUGAGAAAUCUGUACUGUAUAUCGCUAAUGAAUGAUUUAUCAAUCUCUGAGGAACAAAUGUUUAAAAAAAAAAAAGAAGUAUUUGGUUUUUAAUGUGCGUGGGUGUGAGAACUGUGAAAUAUGUCUAGAAUGCCUUUUUAUAUUAUUUCCUGAUUAAUUAUUGUUAUUAACCCUGAUGAAUUAAAAAUAAACAACUUGCUGGUC